UAGCAACGCGGGUUUUUUAUUUGCAAAUGGCUACCCCGCUAGCUUCGGUGUGAAAACGGCUAAAAAGUUAGCGUAAGAAUAUGUGUAAAUAACGAUGUCUGAGCCACAAAACUCCAGCAGUUCCACCUCAAGAGAAGAAGAAAGACAUUCAACACCCGACAUUUUGAUAUCUGAGAGUGAUGAAAGGUUUUUCCAGUCUUUGUGUGAGUUUAUUGAGCAUGAAAAACGGUACCUGCGGUGCUCAGAAGAGGGUCCGGACGAGCUCCGGUACAUUAUCUACCGCUCUGUGUUUAAUAAGGUGAUUGCACGAGCGACGGCCUAUAAGAGACUUCUGCUGACCAUAAAGGCGGAGUAUGAUGAUGUCAUCAGGGCGCUGCAGAGGAGGGAGGAUGAGGCCGGGGCGGCUCAGCGAACUCUGGCGGCCUCGACGUCACACCCACGAUCACUAACAACCUGCCAGACACGGGCCGCCCAGCUGAGGGAGAGAAUCUGUGUCCUUCAGAGGGAAACGGCAGAACUUCAAGAGGAGAUCCAGAGGCAGAAAUCAUCCAAAGAGCAGAGCUCAUGGAUACCUGGUUUGACGGUAGCUGAGUCAGAGGAUCCCGAGGCUCUGGACGGACACCUGAAGCAUCUCGAAGCCCAGAGAGCCGCUCUACUGGACAGGAAGAGUCACUGCGUGUCUCUGGAGGUCAAAGCCGAGCUGGAUGCCAAGCUGCGGGCCGCCGAGCACCACAGAGACCAGCUGAGCGUCGAGAACAACCGCCUGAAAGUCCUAUACCAGCGUCUGAGGUUUGUGUUUGACCGUCUGUCCAGCUGGGAGGACGAGAAGCAGCAGGUUCCUCUGGAGGAACUCCUGAGUUCCACACUGGAGAACGUCAGACAGACCAGCGUGACGGACGACGACGCUCGCAGCAUCGACGCCGAGCUGUUUGAGGACGAAGAGCCGACCGGAGUCGACGAGUCCAAACUCCUGGCGGAUAACCUGGACAGGUUUAUUGAGCUCUUUGAUUCGGCUCAGUAUGAGGAAGCUGCUCUCCUCGCUGCCAGAUCUCCUCGAGGAGUCCUGAGGAACCUCGACACCAUGGAGAUGUUUAAAGGUGUGGAGGGGCCCCCGGGGUCUGCCCCCCCUCUCCUGCUCUUCUUCCAGGCCCUGCUGAUGACCGUCCCGGCAGGCGACGCGCUGCCGGCUGCUCUCUCCCUGCAGCUCGUCCGCUGGGCCCUGCGGCACGGCGCCGCGCAGCUCGUCGCCCACGCUGUCGCCUGCAACAAACUGGCCUUCUCUGAGGAUCUGGGCGACACCCUGACCGAGCACGCUCAGAAGAACCCCGGCGUUGCUGACGUGUGUCUGGCGUUGGCCACCGUCGUCUAUGAGGCCUGCGGGCUGGACAGGAAGACCGCACUGAGCAUGUGCAGGAGAGGCCUGAUCCACAGCGCCGCCGAGUUCAUGAAGCACUGCGAGGACCUCACAGUUGAGGACUGUAUGUGGGUUCUGUGUCGCUCGCCCAGCCUCUCCUUCCUCCAGCUGUUGACGGAGCCUCAGCGGGGCCAGGCGGCCAUCUUGUCGGUGGGCGUGGCCCUUUCCAUUCUGCUGGCGGACCCUCAGCAGCGGGAGCUAGCUCUGCGGCUCCUGGACAGCUCUGUCAGCAGAGGCCGAGGGGUUUUGGAGGAGGCGAUCCUGGAGGACGGCAGCUCUUCGGUGGACGUUUGGACUGGCAUAGCGUCUCUGUGCUCUGAGCUGAACCGGGCUGACCUGGGCCAGGCCGUCCUGUCCGUCCUGCUGGACCAGAGCGGGACCGGAGUCCUGUCCCCGGACCCGGAGGGAGCCCGGCUCAUGGAACACGUCUUCCUGUAAAAACCGAACUCUCACACACACUCGAACAUCAAAUGCAAAUGACUUUCAGCGCUUUGCGUGGUGAAACUGUCGGCCAGGUCACAAAAGCAGAACCUCACACGGAGACUAAUUAAAGUUUUGAUGUUUUUAAGUUGUAAA